ACCAUCUGCCCAUUGGACAGAGGGAGACAGGUCUUGCCAACACUGACAGAUAAGGAAAGCCCAACGGAGGAAGGCAUAAGGAAGCAAAGAGAAGGAGCUCAAGAUUGGCAAAGCCUCAACUGAAGAAAGAGCGUCAUAUUGGAGUCAAUUAAACCUUCCUAUGAACAGUACCCUGGAUGGUGUGGACUUGGAAGGAGAAAGAGAUUUAAAUUCUCUAGGGAAAUCUGGGCCAUUUACUUCAUGACUCACUUAAUCCCAGAGAAGGAGCAAGAAACACCUUGUCUUUGCACCAGCUGCAAAUGAAUUUUGAAGGAUGAGAUAAUAGCCUAAAAAAAACAAGUUCGGAGAGAAGAAGAUGAGGACCUCUUCUCAGUGACUAAGAUUUGGUUCUUGUACCUGAUCUUACCAUUGUUUCCCUUCUCUAUGAACUCUCUGAGUUCCCAGUGACUAGCUGAUUAUAAAAAAAGAAAAAUUUGAAUUCUGAAAGGAUCCUAAGCCUGAUGAUCAAGAACCAAACCUCCUCCAGAGGAGGAUCCAGGAUUACUUACUCUGGAUUGGGGAUUGAUAGGCCAUCUCUGCAGAGAUUGCUGGAGGAGUAAAGGGUGAGUUUUAGCUUCCUGAAACAUGAUCAGCCUCCAGAGAAGUAAUAGUCUCGUUCCCCAAGACUGAGUUCAGUGGCCUGGAUGAGACUCACAAAGCCUUGGGAAUUUGGUUCCCAUCCCUGAUGAUUGAUCUCUUCCCUUCAGUUCUUCAUUCUCUCUUGUUCCUGUUCCCCUUCAUCUUGGGAUCUUGUUCCUGAUAACUAAUUUAUGAAAGAAAAAGGAAGACUCUGGAGUUGGAAAGGACUGUGAACCCAGCCUCGGAGGAUCCAGGAGAAUGUGCUGGCUCUCCCAUGCAUAGGUUACCCUGCCUCUAAGAGAGCAGCCUCCAGGACCACAGGGUGACCAAUCGCCCACCUUCCAUAUUGCCCAGCAGACAUUCUGGUGUGAUGUGAUGUGUGCUUCCAUUCAAAGGUCAUUGUUCUCCAGGGGAAAGAGUUCCAGGGAAGUCGGAGAGAAUGGGCUGGAGAUGGCAGGAGCCUCUAGCAUGAAGCUCCAAUGUCUCACCAUUGCCCAGAUCUAUAGUUAAAGGCCCAAGAACUGCUUGGGAGGAAACAGUAAUUCCUCCCUAUCUCGUUUUUGUUUUCAACUGCCAACUCCAAACCCUCACUCCCUUACUCCCCCAGCCUUGGCUCUCAAAGAGAGAGCUGAAACUGCCUGACUUUUGUUUGGGUCAGAGGGAUGGAGGGGAAGAUUCUGGACAAAUGUGGUACCCCAAAGCAAAUGGGUCUGCCCUUCUCCAUUGAGGAGAUCCUGAAGAAAUCAACAAAUAAAAGAAAGCUUCCAGAACAAGGCAGAAAGGAUGCCCACCAGGAUGCUGCUGAUUCCCCACAAGAGAACGCUCCACGGGCCCUCCCCCAAGGUCCCAAACUGAUGGGAAAAUGGGAAAGAGACCCCAAGCAAAUGACACCGGCCCCCUCUCCCAGACCACAAGUCCUUGUGGAAACAACCCCAGCGAAAUCAGCCAGCUCCCCAGAACCCCAAGAGAUGGUUUCCCCAGCUACAAGCCCAGGAUUGGAUCCCUCAAGGGGAAACAGGAAAUGUGAAGGAGAGGAAGAUCAUGAUCACAAGUUCCUUUCUGACCACUCCCUACAUGAGGAGAAGAAAAGCAAGCGAAGAAUCCGUACAACAUUCACCACAGAGCAGCUCCAGGAGCUGGAGAAGACUUUCCAGUUCACCCACUACCCGGAUAUUCACAUCCGCAAUCAAUUGGCAACCAAAAUCAACCUUCCAGAGGCCAGAAUACAGAUCUGGUUCCAGAAUCAGCGGGCCAAGUGGAGGAAGCGUGAAAAACUUGGCAGCGUCAGGGACCUGCAGCACCUGACAGAUAUGGACGUCACACCAGAACCAAAACCGGACAUAUCUGGAUCCAGUCUGAUGCCCAGGGUGCUCCCCACCCUAGUAUCCCCAGUUGGAUGCCAUUUUCCCAUUCAAGGACAGCUGGUCACUGCCUGGCUUCCUCCCUACUUCGUGCCCAAUCCAUGGAACAUGCUGUCUUUCCCCAGCCCUCAGUUGUUUCUGGACUGGGUCCCCAUGUUUGGCAUUCCUUCUCCCCAACAUCCUGAACGGGGCAAUAUUUAUGCUGGUUUUAAUAGGAAAAGAAAGCCCCCUCUGUGGGCUAACAUCUCGAGUACCACUGCCAAGUGGCAGAUGAGGCAAGCUAGAUGGCACCCUGGGAAGAAGUCAAGUGGACCCAUUUAGCACAAUAUGAGUCUGGCAGCUUUGAAAACCACCAGCUUCCUCCCCAAAACCACCAUAUCCAAGCUUAGGGAAGUGGUUUGGGACUUCCUUUUGAGGAGAUAUGGGUGAGCCCUUCAACAAAGAUCCUUGGAACAAUUGUCCCAUUAUCUUUGGUAUUGUGCACAGAGAGCCAGCCUCUGAGAAAGGAAAAUCCGGGUUCGAGACCAAGCUCAGCUCUUAUACAUCCUGACUGUGUAAUUGUGGGCAAAUCAGGUCUUUUCUCAAUGUCACAGGUAACUAUUUGCCAGGGUACAAAAAAGCUCCACAUCUAUGCUGUCAGAAGGAUUUCCUCACGGGGUAACCCCCAUAUCAAUGAGAUCAUGAGUCUUGUUUGAAAAUAAAUCAAUGUUCCUCUCCAAAGAAAAAGUACAAGAAAAGGUCAAUCCCCAAAGAGAGGUUAACAUUCUCCACCCUCCUCUAAGCCAUUUCACAAGAACUUCCUGAAGCAAAGUCCAAACUGGCCUUUGGACAAAUGUUUUACUCCAUCCAGAAAUGUGGACUCUAACUAGAAUUUUUUAAAUGGAGAUAGGUUGAUUUGAGGGUUAAGUCUUUCCAAUGGGAUAUUCCAUUGGCCUGGAUGAUGAUCUUAUGCUAAAAACCCUCCUGAUAUUUUGGUAGAAAAGCACCUGAGGUCUGCCAUCUUAAGACUUCUAGGUAAUUAGCAAAAUAAUACUUGCAGAAGUGGACUGAUUUAAAGAGGAAGAUGUACACCUCCAUGAUUAGAGACAUUAGAGACAUUGAAACAUUUCCUCCAGAGAGGAAAUGGCUCUCACCCAUCCGCUCCAUCAUCAACUUUGGCUUGUGUUUACAGGACUCAUAACUGAUGCUUUCUUUUUAAGCUAGAAAUGAUUUGCCACAGUUCAUUCCUGGGAACGAGGAUGCCCCAAGGGUUGAUUGCCACCUACACAUAGACAACUCCAUGUAAAAUGUGGAAAGUGGUAUCUAAGUGAUUGUCCCUCCUCUUAGAAGUCAAAUGAAUUCACCUGACUCCUGGGGUCCUCCACAGAUAGAUAAGCAGAGCAAAAUGAAGCAGUAAUUAGAAAUCUAGAGAUCAUGAAUGGAACCUGAACCCUUCAACUAACACCUUAUGUCACAUUGGGCAAUUCAUGUCUUUUCUCCAGUCUCAGUUUCCUCAUCUGCUUAACGGGUGUAUACCUCUCAGGGAUGCUGUAAGAGUCAAAUAUAAAAAAAUUUUGCAAACUAUAAAGUGCUUUGUGAAGAGACACUGAUUAUACUGAACUGCUUUGACUUCCUUUGUCUACCCAAGGGAAGAGACAUCUUUGUCUACCCAAAAGAAGAGACACCUUUGUCUACCCAAAUGACACUUUCAGCAUAACCCAGGAAGCUGGAGUUCUAUGGAAGGAAUUGUCAAUUCAAGAGAUCUCAGUUCUAAUCUGGACUCUGUCACUGCUUUUAUGUUACUGUAGACAAGGUCUCCAGUGUCUCUGGACCUCAGUUUCUUCAUCUAGCCAAUGGGAACAGAAGUGUUUGUCCUAUCCCGCCUACCUCACAGGAAUGUUUCAAGACUUAAAUGAAUGGAUGGAUGGUUAGAUGAAUGAAUGAA